AUGCGCGCGCGGUUUCCUAUUGCGAUCCGAAGGCUGUCGAAGCAACGGCAACGAGAAGCAGUGGAAAGGCGGCGGACUUGGGAUCACGAGGUCAUAGGUUCGGUGCCCACGCUGUGCAAACUUUUUUUUGCAGUUUUUUCUUUUUUGGAUACUUUCGUGUCAGGGCUCCUUUUUCGAGUUUUGAGGCGUAUAAAAACGAAAACUCUGCGUUUUGAACCUAUUCGAACAGCUGGACUUGUUUUUGCCGCAAAUUUUAUUCAUGGAUUUUUUCGAGAUUUUCCAUGGGGAUGAGCAUGUGCGAAAAUUUUCACAAAAAUUUUUUUUCAAAACCCGUUUUUUUUUUCUUCUAAAAAGUUUUAUAAGCCCAACUAGUCAUAGUUACGCUGAUAUGGACAACAAAAAAAUAUUUUUCUCUGGCUUGUUCAGACCCCAGCGUCUACAUUCACUUUAUGAGGGAAAAAAAUCCAAGCUUUUUUUCCUACUUUCCGCUGAAGAUAUCAAAAAAAUCAAAACUUCUAAUUCAGAAAUAACACAAUUGGAACCGAAAUCCCCAAAUAAGUUACUUUCAAUGACAUUUUGAAAGUUCACAGGCAGUAAGAGAGUUUAUCGAGAGUGAACUUCGAAAAAAAUAAAAAUAAAAAAACCAGAAAAAAAUUUCUUUUUCAAAAAAAUUUACCUUUGUUGGACAUUCUCACUUCUUCCAUUUUGAGGAAACCACACAAAUCAACUUUUUCGGGCGGAAGGCGAUGACCAAAGGUAAGUCAAUUCAAAGCUGAAAGAAGUUUUUAGGAGAAAAACAAUUUUCUGUUGGUCAUAUCAGCGUAUCUAUUGUGGUGGCCCAAUGCCUUUCGUUGUUCAAGGUGGUUCAGUGAUAUAGAUAUAUUUAUUAUUAAUAUAUAGUUUCUCAGUCCGUAUGUAGAUAGGAGAAGUUGAGAGUCGGAGAGCGCCCGGUGAGGACGUUGGUGUCGCUUUUAUAGGGGGUUAGGGGUAGGCGGAGCUUCUGUCCGCGGAAUGGCCGCGACAUCUAUGUCUAGUUGAGCUUAUAAAACUUUUUAGAAGAAAAAAAAAACGGGUUUUGAAAAAAAAUUUUUGUGAAAGUUCUCGCACAUGCAUACCCAUGGAAAAUCUCGAAAAAAUCCAUGAAUGAAAUUUGCGGCAAAAACAAGUCCAGCUGUUCUGUUCGAAUAGAUUCAAAACGCAGAGUUUUCGUGUUUAAACGCCUCAAAACUCGAAAAAGGUGCCCUUACACGAAAGUAUCCAAAAAAGAAAAAACUGCAAAAAAAAGUUUGCACAGCGUGGGCACCGAACCUAUGACCUCGUGAUCCCCAGUCCGCCGCCUUUCCACUGCUUCUCGUUGCCGUUGCUUCGACAGCCUUCGGAUCGCAAUAGGAAACCGCGCGCGCAUUCUAUUGUGUGCGGCGGGGCUUUGAAAGGUCAUAUCUUGGCUUCAAAAUUUUUUCAAGAAUAAUUCGAGUUUUUUGUGUCCAGAGGGACAAGACCUAUAUACCCACCAAAAAUGAACUCAAUCGGAGACACUCAAAUUUUCGACUUUUGAGGGUCUAUAACUUUUUUCACAGACCUCCGCGGCAAUUUUUGAGACCUGAUUUGGAAUCAGCGUAAAAAACUACAUCUAGAAGGUCUUAUUGAGAGGUCCCACUGCGACCAGAGACCAUUCCCUGGUUAGCGUUAUAACUCGACUGAAAAACGAGAAAAAAAAAAUUUUACAAGGUGGAAUCACGGAGCUUUAAGUGUGUCUAUUUCAAUCAUAUUUUUGACAGUUGAAUUUCAAAGUUUCUGAUUUCAUAGGUGUUGGUAUCGAAAGUCCGAGAAUGUUCUCAACGAACGCAGAAUCAGUUUUGGUUGUUCUGCCUUUUUUCUUUUGAACACCGAGGGGCCAUCAGACGAAAUUCAUAACCUUUCUGGAAUAUCAGCAUACCAUUAAAGAACUACACACUUUCGAAAACUCGAUGCUCUAAAAAAAAGAGCGAUAGUUUUUUUUCUGGGCUCGGGUUAAAUAAACUUUUUUUUGAAAGAAGUUUUUCGUAGUGCAGUUUUUCGUAGUUUUCGUAGUCUUUUGUUUUUAUCACAAAUUUUGUUCCUCCAUCUGACAAAAGUACUCAGAACAUUGAUCUACACGCACUGACAGGCUGGAUUCCAGAGAGGAUAUCGAUACAGAAACCUGGCACCGAAUUUGACCCCGACAAGGUUUGGCGAUCUCUUUUUGAAGUUUUUGAGGCUGGGUCGCAGGUUUUCGAGAAGCUCUUCAGACGUAUGCAUCAGGGCGACUGCCUUAUAACUCUGGCGACGGGUCGGCUCAGCAAGGAAGAGUGCGACAGGGCGGGCUUGGUCGAAACUCACGCCUACGCUGUUCUCGACCUCCGACGUAUAGAUGUGUGUCUUCCUUUUUGAGUCUUGAACAUGAGUUUUGCAUACUUUUUUUUGGACUAUAUUCAUUUUUUUUUAAAUAGUUGAUAGUUGCGGACAUCUUAUGAGAAAUAGAUCAUCCUUUUAAUAAGAAAUGUUCGUCCAAACUUCAAACUUUUCACAAUUCACAGGGAAGAAAACUCUGUCCUCUCACUCCUAUUGGUAGGUGGUGAAAGGUAAUCUAGCUAGAUAUUCUCAGUGCUUAUUUUUGUCUUUUGUGAUUACUAGAUUUUCCAGGAAAAGCGUUUAUUGAAGUUGAAGAAUCCCUGGACACACUUGCGAUGGAAAGGAAGAUUUUCUGAAAAAGACUUGACUAGCUGGAAUCUUGAAUUGCGAAAGGCCCUCUCUUAUGAUCCUGAAAAAGCAGCAGAAAAAGAUGACGGUAAAACGUGUUUUUGUGCCAAAAAGGAAAAGUUAAAAGGUGUCUUUUGGAUUGACUUCGAGUCGGUUCUGCACUUUUUCGACGUGUUUUACGUCAACUGGGAUCCGGCCAUGUUUCCCUUCACAAGCGUCGUUCAUGCUUCUUGGGACGCGUGUACAGGACCUGUAAAGGACCUCUACACAGUCGGCGACAAUCCACAGUACAUCCUCACGGUCGAAAAUGGCUCUCGACCCGCUGCCGUCUGGAUUUUGCUUACCCGACACAUCACAAGAAUCGUGAGUGUCUCUCAUCUAUGAUUUGACUCUGUAAAACACGAGGAAAGUCCUCAAUUUUCAUAGCAAACAAAUUAAGGGGAUUUUGGUUCUCCAUGACGGUUCUAAAAACAGCUUCACGGAAUUUAGGUCGUGAUAUGGUUUUCUAAAGGCUCUUGUCAUCGAAAAAUAACGGAAACAACUUCAAGAGAGUAAAAAAGCGCCAAAAAAAACAAAGAAAACUAAAUGGAAACACAGUCUAAGACUGAGAAAAAAAGUUUAUAUUUUGAAGAUAAUUUUCUGAAUUGAGAAGAUAACCGUAUUGGAGGAAGCCAAAAAUUUUUUGCUUUUGGGUGACAGUGAAAUUUAGGAGGAUUUUGCUGAAAACAAGGAAUACAUCACUGUCAUGGUUUAUGACACUGGCAGGAAAGUCUACAUCCCCUGUGAGGAAGUGGACUUUUUAAUAAUAAAUCAUCAGAUUUAAGCGGAUCCAAAGCCCAUUUCGGACGGAGCGCGGAUCAACAGUCCUCACUAUUUGUGUCAACUAGUGGCAAGCAACUCCGGCACCAACAAGUACACUCUGGUCGUCGCGCAGGUUUAUUCUUCAUUUCUCUUUCAAUCCGUUUCUUCUUGCAGUAUGAGAAAACUACCACGAUCCGAUAUACGCUGAGGGCUUUCUCUACUGCCAAAUGUAUUCUCAAACCAAUCAUUUCUCAUUUCAAGCACACGAAAACGGUAAAGUAUACCCUAUUUGUGUCUUACUUGACUAGGGAACUUUUUAUGAAACUUUGCAGAAUUUUACUUUAGGCACUCUUCAUUUCGGAACAAGAAAAAAAAAUUUCUCGCAUUAGAUCUCUUUUUCGAAUUGGGACGCUUCAAAAGCUUGAAAUAGCGCUUUUUUGACCUAAUUUGCGUAUUUUGCGAACAUUGAAGCUCCAUAAAUCGAAAACGAGAUCUAUUGCGAGAAAAAAAAAACGUUUCUUAGUGAGUCAAAAAAGUGCGAAGUUCUCUAUCAAGUUUUUUUUUUUCCAAGGCUCGUUCCUUCUGUCCUUGAUACAUUGGCUCCAGCGAGCCGUGAACCGAGUGAAGUUUCAAUUUUAUUAUUCAACUUUGAGAUAUCUGCUGCGUGGGACGAGCACACAGCGGGUGGCUGUGGAAAUGGCGUGCCGAAAGGAACUGUUUUGUUCGUGAUUUCGAUCUACGCAUAACCGACUUUUUCCCAUUCAGAAACAACCCUGUGUUCGAGUUGAAAGUUUCUUCUGCGAGUGAUGAUAACACGGUUUUGAUUGAACUUAAGGCGCCCAAGCAGUACAGGUCUGUUCCGCUAGUUUCUGAAAGAGAAUUUACUGAUUUCAGCGUUGCUUUCGAUGUCAAACAAAUCUCUUCUGCCCGCACGACAUUCUAUGAACCUAAGCAUUCGGGAGCUUUCAGGUUCUUUCUGUUUAAAAUUUCUAGAAGUGAUGGAAUUUAUUGCGACUUAAAAGUGUAAAUUAUGUUACAAACUCGUACUCUUAUCCAUACGAAGGCAAGUACAGAAUAUGCUCAGUCCUCGAGAAGUGCUUAUUAACAUAAUUUACUGAAAAAUUAAGGUGGUUGGUUUUACUAAAGCUUUAUUUCGACCUGAAACCCUAGUUUUUUGAAAUUUCAACUAAUGCAGAAGGUUUUGACCUAACUCUAGAAAAAAUUCCGGAGAAAUUAGUGCCAGAGUUCAAAGAUUCUGUGGCCAUUUAUGCUCUUAUCACUAGAAGCAAAUUUAAGACCUGGAUAUACGAUACUGGAGCUACUUACAGUGCCCGCAGGAGUUUACCACGUACGGCCCAUGACAUUUAUUGUAAGCUCACGCACUAAAUGUUGACCUAAAUUGUUUUUCAGGCAAAUCAGAAAGGUCCAUUCAUUCUCAAAAUCGAUUCGACUUGCGUCAUUGAUUUGAAGCGGAUAAAAUAA